AUGUCCUUUGGAACCUCCGUUGGCGAUAUCAUCCUACUAAUCCAGCUCGCGCACAAGAAUUAUCGCAACUGCAAGGAAGCCGGCGGGGAGUAUAUCGAGAUCGCCCGCGAAGUACGCAGUCUACACAGCGUCUUGCGAACUGUCCGCGAUGAAGCCUUGCGAGAAGAUUCCCUGAUAUUCAAAGCCGGGCCGGAGCAGACGAGAGAACUCACUGAGAUAGCAGAUGGCUGUAAAGGGGUGUUGGAAAGCAUCGAUGCCAUGCUUACCAAGUACAAAGGCUUGGCGCCUGAGAGCGUGGAGGUUGGAAAGGUGGCUAAGUUCUGGGAUAGGAUGAGAUUUGGGACGGAGAUUGAGGAUUUGGGGAAGUUGAGGUGGAAGAUUAUUACGUAUACGUCGACUCUUGCGGUGCUGGUUGAUUCUAUUAAUUUGAAAGCCACGGAGCGGGUUGGCGAUGUUGCUGGACGGAUUGAGGGUCGGGUGGAGACUGGCUUUGCUGAUAUCUCAGAUCGCUUGGAGAAAUUCGAGGAUAUGAGGAAAGCUGUGCUAUUUAUUGCGACGAGAGCUCGUGCAUCGCAGCGAUACCUGGCGAUGGAGUCGGUGUUGUCGCUGUCGACUUAUGCAGAUGAUGACAAGGAGGUUUGGAGGCAGUUCCAUUCGCAACUUGUCUCUCUGGGCUUCAAAAGCGAUUCGCUUGAUCGUCAUAUGGAAGUUCUAAAGGCUUAUAUGAUGAAGUUGGAUCAGACCGGUGUGUUGGAGGAGGCGGUUAAGCAGAGCGAUGUUACGACGCAGUCUUGGUGUGGGAAUGCUUCAUUUCGGACGACGAAUCUGUCGUUACUUGGGACUGAGAUGGGAGAACUAGCUUCGGAGGCACAAGACGAAAGUGACUUCCACGAGAGGCCAAUGAGUCUUUAUGCCGCCUCACAAUCAACGAUAGAUUUACAGUCUCCUAUCGUCGAUGAUCGACAUAUCGAUGGAGUGGCUUUGUCCUCGCCUUCACCGACCGAAACAGCUACGAGGGCAAGACGCAGGGUACCUCGCAUCAAGGUCGAACAGUCAGGCACUGUGAAAGAUUUUGAAGUUUCGCAGGCACUCAAGACACCAUCGCCAGUUACCCUGCCGGUUGAGAAGCAUAUCAAUCAGCUUUCAAGCAUCAACGAUAUUGAGCAUGAGCCUGAGCCUGAGCCAGCGGUAGAGGUAGAUUCUGGAAUUGAUGUCUCGAAGUCCCGAAAACCUCACUCCUACGCCGAAUCAUACUAUUCAGUCUCCGAAGCUGCAACAAGUCCAUCAACCCUCCUAAGAGCUGCCUCUCAGUCCACGAAACCAAGCUCACUAUCAAAAGAAUCAAAACCUCGUAACACCAAUCGUGCAACUAGCUGGGGUCGCUGGUCAGAGCCUACCGCUCGCAGGGCGGCCAAGAAGUACCAACAACCACUCAGCGAGAUGAGCGACGUUUCUGAUUCAGAUGAUACGGUCGGUCCAUCAAGAUCAAGGAAGAGAUCAAAAGAAACCGAGAUCAGCCCGAUUGGGAGUACGGAGAAAGUGGACGACUGGCUCAAACCACCAAGUGAACAAAGAAGGACACGAGCAAGCAGUUCACCAACACGACAUAAGCCAUUAGCCAAGAGUAUGGAAGAGCUACCUUCUGGUGCAGGUGGAGGAAACGCUCUCAAUCGUCCAUCAUCUGCCGCAAAUGCGCGAAAGAAGGUCAACUUCGACAGUCCAAAGCCGUUCGUUUCCAGGCCAGCAGAAGACUUACAUGAGGAAUUCUUUGGAGAUACAAACAAGCAAUUUUUCGGAGACUCAGGCAAGAAAUCCAGAGACAAGGCUGAUUCAGGACAUAAGCGCUCAAGUCCGAAAUCCAGUCCCAGAAAUAGCCAGCCACGCAUCUUCUCAGCUGGUACCAGUACAGCAGGAUCCAAACCCGACACUGGCCAGAACUUUCACUACCAGGGCAGACAACGUUCUCGCAGUCCCCAAGCUUUUUUGAACGGUGAGGAAGUGGCCCCGGAGGUAGCUACGGCAGCCUUGAUAGCCGGUGCAGUGGAGGCGUUCCGUGUGAGAAACGAGGAGGGGGAUUGGGCUGGAGAUAAAGCGAGAAGAAUCUUUACUGCUGCGAUGGGAGCAGCGGGGGUUGAUGCAGUGAGGACGGAUGGAGAUCAAAAUGAGGAGGUAAAGAAGAAGGAGAGGAAAGAGUCUGCAAAGUUCGAGAAUGAAAGAGAGAGGGCCAGAAAAGCGUUUGUAGCUGAGGAAACACGGCGUUUUGCUGACGAAUUCGAUUCUGAUGCUGCUGAGUAUAAUGACGCUCUUGGCGGAUCUGGAGGCAGUGAGAAGAGUCAAGGAGCUCCCACCAACAGAAAGCCGCUUGAGCGAAACAACAGUUUAAGGUCUGAGCGAGAUCAAGAAGCCAAAGCCAGCCGAACGAAGACGCAAAGGGAACUACGAAGAGCUGAGCGUGAUCAAGAAUACCCGACCCGACGAAAGAGGACCCGGAGGAAACAAAAGAGUCCCGAGAUAGAUCUAGAAGCUCAAAACAGCAGAAAAAACCCCCGAACUCAAAGGAAACGUUCAACUCGUGAGAGAAUCCCCGAGGAGGAAAACAGUUCGUUGGCUAGAAACAGUAACUGGAUAGGUGCUGCUCUCGCGGGACUCGCCAUGGGCCGGAUGCUCAGCAAGAGGCGGGAGAUGAGAAAUGAGAGUAGCGGAGGAGGAUUCGUAGCGUCUGAUUCGGAGACGGAGUCGGAAUCCGAUUCAAAUUCUGGUUCUGAUUCUAAGUCUGACUUUCACUCCGACUCGGAGAGCGAAUCGGAUGGGGAUGGAGAUAGCGAUAAGUCUAUGGGGAGGGAUCAGCGCCAUCAGAAGCGUAAACCUCCUCCGCAGCAAGGGAAAGAGCCAGAGCCAGAGCCGGAACAAGGACAACAACCACAACAACAGCAGGAGAGACGACAGGAAGGGUAUCCUCCCCAAGGUUCUCAGCAGCAAGGUCAUCCACCACAAGGUUAUUAUCAACAACCACCCCCUCAGCAAACACCCCCUCAACAAGCACCUCCUCAACAAGCUCCUCUACAAGGCCACCGAAAUGGUGAUAAUUCAUCUCUUCGCCGCCGGAACUGA